AUGUCGGAGAACCUGCGGAGGCUGGUCUCCACCGAGGCUCUGCGCACGCUCCAGGGCAGGCUAGACUCCUGGAUGCGGGAGUACGGCACAAACACAUGCGAUCAGAAUCUCAACUACUGCCUGGAACUCAUCGAGCAGGUUGCUAGGGUGCAGGGACAGCUGUUUGGGAUCCUCACAACAGCAGCCCAGGAAGGAGGACGGAAUGACGGCGUAGAGACCAUCAAGUCGCGCCUCCUGCCCUGGCUGGAGUCCUCCUUCACUGCUGCUUCCCUGGGAAAGCCUGUGGACAGCAGGGUCCCCUCACUGCAGGACACAUUUGAUAAGGAGAGACACAAAGAUUCUGUGUCUUGGGAUCGGGACAUGCAGCAGUUAGACUCUGACUUGAACGCAACCCGGAGUCAACUCAAUCAGGUUCAAGACGAUCUGGCUGAAACGGAAAAGACUCUUGAAGAAACCAAGAACAGAUCGGCCAUAUCGCUUUUGGCUGCAGAGGAGGAAAUAAAUCAGCUAAAAAAGCAGCUCAAGACUCUGCAAGCCCAGGAGGAUGCCCGCCACAGAAGCGCGGAUCACAGGAACUCGGAGAGCCGGCGGCCGGAGCCCCGGAGCGCGGAGCAGCGGAGCCCGGGGAAGCGGAGCCCGGGGAAGCGCAGCGCGGAGCCGAGGGGCACGGAGGCCACGGCCGACUGUGAGAAGCAGCUGCGGACCCUGAAGGACGAGAUCGCUGUUCUGUCUGCGGAGAAGUCCGCGCGCCAAGGAAGGUCCUCCCGGAGCCGGUCGCCCAGCCCCACCGCUCGCAGCCGCAGCGGGUCGGCCAGCCCCUCCGCCGCCGUGGCCCUCAGGAGCCCGUCCCCGACCCGCUCCAAGCUGUCCAGCGUGGCGCGCAAGGCCGCCCUCCUGUCCCGCCUCAGCGACGCCUACUCCCAGACCCGCCUGGACGCGCAGUGCCUGCUGCGCCGCUGCAUCGACAAGGCCGAGACCGUGCAGCGCAUCCUGCAUUUUCCCAUGCAGGAGGCUUUCCAUGUGGCCAAGAUGGCAUUCCGGCACUUUAAGAUCCGCGUGAGGAAGUCGCUGAUGCCGUCCAACGUGGGUGCGAAUGAGUUUGAGCAUGCUGUCUCCGACUAUAUCAUUUGUCACCUCGACCUGUAUGAUUCCCAAAGCAGCGUUGAUGACGUGAUCCGAGCCAUGAAUGUCAACCCUAAGAUCUCGUUCCCCCCUGAAGUUGACUUCUGCCUUCUCCAUGACUUCAUCCAGGAAAUCUGCUGCAUCGCCUUUGCCAUGCAGUCCCUGGACCCUCCCCUCGACAUUGCAUUUGGGGCAGAUGGAGAAGUGUUCAAUGACAGCAAGUACCGCCGCAGCUACGACUCGGACUUCACAGCCCCCCUGGUGCUCUACCAUGUGUGGCCUGCGCUGAUGGAGAAUGACUGCAUCAUCAUGAAGGGGGAAGCCGUCACCAGGAGAGGGGCUUUUUGGAAUUCGGUGCGGCCUGUAAGUCGAUGUCGAAGCAGAAGCUUAAGUCCCAUCUGUCCCCGUAGCCGCAUUGGUUUAAGCAUGAUCUCUCGAAGUCGGAGCCCUUCCCCGCUAAGGUGUGGAUUGCCAAGGUUUUGAAGCCACCAGAUGUGUUCCUUUGCCACCAUUCAUGGG